UUGCUGCGCUCUGUCUGUCCGCCGCGAACGCUGCAAGCUGCCGCCGUGUUGCUCAGUGUGAACGCGCCGGGAAGGGCCGCAACCCACCCGGCAGCGCGCCCGCUUGUGUGUGUGUGUGUGCGUACACAAACAAAGAAGAAGAAGAUGAUGAUGGUGUUGUGUCUUAAAUGUGGUCAAGGUGUGUGCGGCGGUGGUCAUCGAGUAAGGAGAGACAUGUUCGCCGUCGACCCGGUGCUCAGCUAGCAUGAAGAUCCGACACUACCCUGGACGCGCCGUGCUGGACAAGAGCCCGCUGCGUGACGGACCGCUCGACUCGACGUCCGCGAUGCUGGACAGCUUCCCCCUGGGCGACGGGGGCACCGCGUCGUCCGACAUGCUGACGGCCAGCGAGUGGCUGCAGGACCCGGUGGACGGGCCGCUCGUGCCCGCCAAGGGGGCGGCCAUGCCCGUGCUGCUGGCGGGCGGCACCCUCGGCAGGAUGUCGUCGUACCACGACGGCCAGCCCCGUCGCCGCCCGCUGCCCGAGCCCAUGAUGGCCGCCAGGACGGUCCCUCGGCCUGCGCCCCGGCCCAGCGCGCGCCGCAAGCCCGAGGAGCGCCAGCGGCCGCCGUCCCCGGGCCGCGCGCCGCCCGCGGACACGUACGACUACCGGCCGCAGCCCCGGCCGCUGCCACGGCCGCGACAGAUGCUGGAGCGCCCCCCAUCACCGCCGACGCCGCCCUUCUCGGCGACGUCGUCCUCCGGCUCGUCCUCGCCGCGUGGAGACUCCUCGUCCUCGUCAUCCUCGGAGGGGCGGCCCUCGGGGCGCCUGGCCUACCCGACGGGCACCUGGGCUCGCAGCCGGGACCUCAAGACGCUGGCGCUGCGUAACUCUCGCUCCAGCCAGGGCUCAAGCUCCAGUCACAGCUCGGGCCAGGGCUCCAGCCAGAGCAAUGGCUCCAGCCAGGUCUCCAGCUCGGGUUCCGCAUCCGCCUCCGCCUCGGCCUCGUCGGGCUCCUCCGGAUCCUGGUUCCGCGGCAAAGACUCUAAGGCCUCGUUCUUCGGCACGUGGCUGCGUAGCCGGGCCAGCUCCUCGUCGGGCAGCGAGUCGGGCAAGAAGUCUUUCCCCGAGAGUUGGUUCAAGACGAUGGACCGCAAGAAGACGCCCAAGGUGUCGCCGGGGACCUUGCACGCCACGGCGACUCUGCCGCGCGGCUACCUCUCCGGACUGCCCGCCUCCACGCGUCUGCCGGCGCACCCUACCAAUGGCACCAGCCACGAGGACUCCUCAUCGCGGUCCUCGACGCUCCAACGACCACCCCCGCCCCGGGAGCGGCGGCGCAAGACCAAGCAGCAGGACGAAUCUCCUGCGGGGUCCUCCAGCGACAGUGCCGGGCCCCGCGGUCCCCUCCACUACCCGGGCCGGCCUCAGCGCCAGCUGUCCCCGGACGACGCGCGCCUCGUGGAGGGCUGGGCACGUCCCCCACUACGGCUGCCUAGCCCACCCAGGAUACCCGCCCCCGAGCCUCCCGGGCCACCCGCGGCUCCCACCCCGGCACCGCUGUCCUGCUCGCCGUCCAGGUCGCCGCCGAGGUCGCCCGCCGGCGAGGACGUCGGCGGCGACUUCACCAUCCCACGGCCGCGCCUCGUGCCCUCCGUUCACACCUGCGGGGUGCGCAAGCGGCGCACGGGCAACAUGCUGCAGCCCGGCGACCAAGAGGGGCGAGUGGAAGUGUCUCGAGAUGGCAAGUACCUGUCGACGAUGGCCCCCGGGAAGCUGUUUGGGGAGCUGGCCAUCCUCUACAACUGCAAGAGGACGGCCACCAUAAAGGCUGCUACCGACUGCAAGUUAUGGGCCAUCGAACGGCAGUGCUUCCAAACCAUCAUGAUGAGGACUGGGCUCACCAGGCAGGCCGAGUACACGGAUUUCCUCAAAAGUGUGCCUAUCUUCAAAAAUUUACCAGAAGAGACACUUAUUAAAAUUUCAGAUUCAUUAGAUGAGACUUACUACAAUGCUGGAGACUACAUCAUCCGCCAAGGAGCACGAGGAGACACAUUUUUCAUCAUUAGUAAAGGACGGGUGAAAGUGACAAUUAAACAACCAACAGUAACAGAAGAGAAGUACAUCAGGACACUCACAAAAGGUGACUUUUUUGGAGAGAAGGCACUACAAGGGGAUGACCUUAGGACUGCUAACAUAGUUGCUGAUGAUCCCGAUGGUGUAUGUUGCUUGGUCAUUGAUCGUGAAACAUUUAAUCAACUUAUAUCUAGCUUGGACGAGAUCCGCACCCGGUACAGAGAUGAAAAUGUGGAAAGAAGGAGAAUAAAUGAAGAGUUUGAAGCAGUCCGACUAACUGAUCUUCGUGUCCUUGCUACUCUGGGAGUUGGUGGUUUUGGCCGUGUUGAGCUGGUGCAGAUUCAAGGUGAUGGCAAUCGCUCCUUUGCCUUAAAACAAAUGAAAAAGAGUCAGAUUGUGGAGACAAGACAGCAACAACACAUAAUGUCUGAGAAAGAAAUAAUGGGUGAAGCAGAUUGUCCUUUCAUUGUUAAACUCUUCAAAACAUUCAAGGACCGCAAGUACUUGUACAUGUUAAUGGAGUCUUGUCUGGGAGGAGAAUUGUGGACAAUUCUUCGUGACAAAGGACACUUUGAUGAUUCUACAACUAGAUUUUACACUGCGUGUGUUGUGGAAGCGUUUGAUUAUCUGCACUCUAGGAAUAUAAUAUACAGAGAUCUGAAACCAGAAAAUCUUCUCCUGGAUGAAACAGGCUAUGUAAAAUUAGUUGACUUUGGUUUUGCCAAGAGACUUCAGCAUGGGCGCAAGACGUGGACAUUCUGUGGUACCCCUGAGUAUGUUGCUCCUGAGGUCAUCUUGAACCGUGGUCAUGACAUCAGUGCUGAUUAUUGGUCACUUGGUGUUCUAAUGUUUGAGUUAUUGACAGGCACUCCACCUUUCACUGGAGCUGACCCAAUGAAGACCUACAACAUUAUUUUGAAAGGUAUUGAUGCAAUUGACUUCCCCCGAAACAUUACAAGAAAUGCCACUGCUUUAAUCAAGAAGCUCUGCAGGGACAAUCCUGCUGAACGACUUGGCUAUCAGAAAGGAGGCAUUAGUGAAAUCCAAAAGCAUAAGUGGUUUGAUGGCUUUAACUGGGAGGGCCUACGAAACCACACUCUAAGUCCCCCACUUUUACCAAACGUACACAAUGUGACUGAUACAAGUAACUUUGACGACUAUCCCCCUGAUGCCGACCAACCCCCACCAGAUGAUGUCUCAGGAUGGGACAGUGAGUUUUAAUAUCAAAGGUGUAAUGGAGUUGCAUUCCUUGCCAUAUUUCUCGCAUACUGCAGCAUACCUUAUCAUCCUGUAUCCCAAUGUAAAUAAGUAAGAGGCAGCAGAGAUCAAGUCAUGUUAUCUUAUAAAAAAAGGGGGGAGGGGGUGAAUCAAGUGUUAUGUUGUUUAUUAAAAGAUGAAACCAAAUGAUUUUGGAAUAAUUAGACAAAAAGUCUAACAUGAAAAAUUCUCAUUUUUAACCUUCGAAUGCAAAAGAAAAAAACUCCAAGAAUUUCUUUAUCAUGCUCCCCAAAAGUAGGUAGAUUCUUUCUUAAUUAUUGCUUUCAUAAUCACUACAUUGAUGUUUCAUGCAGUCUACAUAGUACUGUAUGCCCUCCAGUCUUUGUCUUACCAGUAAUUUUUUAAAUAAAAUCGUAUGAAUUGUGUAAAAAGUGAAAUUUUGAGAGACAUGAGUGAUAUGCUUUGACCUAUUAUGUUAAAACUCUAAGUAGGUAAUUUCAUAUAGUGAAUUUGAACCCCAGAAGUGUUCUCAAUCUAAUUUGUACUUACAGAUAUUGUUGAUCUUAAAUUUUCUUCCUGCUCUUUUUAUUUCUGAAUAAAGCAGGCAGCAACCAUGCUGUAUGUUACUGUAGUUCUUGUAAUUUUGGAACUGCCUGCCUACAUUUUCCAUUCUAAUUACUGUAUAUUAUUGUUAUAAAAUGCUGGGAGCAUUGUUUCAUGUUGUACAGAUAUCAGCACACUUUGCUGGAAACUUCCUGGUUUAAUUUUGAUGCAGUAGAUUAGUAAGUUACUGUCUACCUAGCCUGGAUGUUGAAUUAGAGAAAUCAGUUACUUCAAUAUCAUAAGUAAAAAGAAAAAGACCAACUUUGAAUAUUUUUUUAUCUAGUCUGAGAAGUCCUAAUCAAUAUGCCGUUUUGUUGUAGAAUUCUACAUGAUAUUGUUUGUUAUGUUACUUUUUUCAUUGAAAGUGUAAACCAGAAAUCUGGUGUGUUCAUAAUGUUGUUGGUAGAGUGUUUUACUAGUGUGGUAUGUUCUAUGAAAUUUUAUCCCUAUCUGCCAAUUAUUUAAUUAACAGAUCAUGCCUUAAUUGUUUUACAUCUAAAUGUUUUAGUUAUUCUCUCAAAUCAAAAAUGUAUUUUUAAAAAUUAAUUUUGAUCUUGCAUGAUGUUUGAAUGAUCUAUUAAACACUUGUUUGAUGUUCCUCUUGGUCUGUCUUUUAGGCUUGGAAAUGAUAUAACUAGCGAGUCCCAUUCUCCACAAAGUCAAAUUUUCAUAGAGAAUCAUAAACUUCAGGAAAAUUGUGAUUUCUCUCUCAUGAAAUGAAUUCUUAAUUAACUUACUGUUGCUAUUUAUUUGUUUUUCUUAUCAUGUGGUCUUAUUACUCUUUUGUAGAAGGGACUGAAGAUAAGACUAAAGAGGAGAGGUUUGCAAAUCAUUUAUUUUAAGACGUGCUGCUCCAGCACUGUGAUGCUUUUCUUAAGUUAUCUGUCUCAGAUAAGUACAUAGACCUUAUUUUACGAUAGGUAGUGUUCUGCAAGUGCCAUCUUGUGUAGGGCAUAAGUGCAGCUCUUUUUGUUGUUAUAAUGACCUUGGUAAAGACUUCCAGAGCCCACAAAGUGCAUGUGAAAGUAUGUAAGUGAUUUAUGUUUUAGUAUCAAUGUUUUUUUAGGGGUGUCAUGCACUCCCAGGUAACAAAUUGUUGUUAUUGCAAUAUUCUUGCCAUAAAAGAACCAUGGAUUAUUUCUCUAUUCCUUUCUUUAAGUCAUGUUUAAAAAAUAAAUGAAAGAUUUUGUUACUGUA